AUGUACCAACGUCCCGAUAUCAUCACUCCCGGCGUCGAUCCCAACGGUCAACCGAUCGAUCCGCGUCAGAUCCAGCAACACUUCGAAGAUUUCUACGAAGAUAUCUUUCUUGAACUUUCUAAAUUCGGUUACAUCGAAACCCUAAACGUUUGUGAUAAUCUUGCCGAUCAUAUGAUCGGUAAUGUUUACGUUCUAUUUCGUGAGGAAGAUCAUGCUGCGGCCGCGCUUGCUUCGCUUCACGGUAGAUUUUACUCCGGUCGUCCUAUUCUUGCUGAUUUUUCUCCGGUGACGGAUUUUCGUGAGGCUACUUGUCGGCAGUAUGAGGAGAAUAGUUGUAACCGUGGUGGUUAUUGUAAUUUCAUGCAUGUUAAGAAAAUUGGAAGGGAAUUGAGGAGGAAACUGUUUUCUUCUCAACGGAGCAGGAGCAGAAGCAGGAGUCGGAGUAAUAGUCCUCGCCGGAGAAGGAGAAGCAGAGACCGAGAGAGGCCGCGUGAUAGGGAUAGAGAUUAUGAUUCUCGUGGAAGAAGAAGUAGUGAUAGGGAUAGGGAUAGGGAUAGGAAUAAGGAUGGUGAUAGGGAGAGGAAUAGAGAUAGUAGGGAUGAAGGGGGAAGGAGAAGAAACGGUAGUUCGGCGAGGGAAGGGAGCGAGGAAAGGCGAGCAAGGAUCGAGCAAUGGAACAGGGAAAGAGAGGAGAAGCCUUGA